AUGUGUUUUUUUCAGGACAAAGAAGGAGUGGAGGGUGUAUCUGUGGGAGCCAUUCUUUCUGACUACCAGAGAGUUCGAGUUGAAGAUGUGUGCAGAAGGCUUAAUCUUCAGCCUUUAGCUUACCUUUGGCGUCGGAACCAGGAAAUACUGCUUAAAGAAAUGAUAUCAUCUAACAUUCAAGCCAUAAUCAUAAAAGUGGCAGCUUUUGGUUUAGAUCCUGAUAAGCAUCUAGGAAAAUCACUGGAUCAAAUGGAGCCUUAUCUUUUGGAGCUUUCUGAGAAAUAUGGAGUCCAUGUUUGCGGAGAAGGUGGAGAAUAUGAAACAUUCACUCUGGACUGCCCUCUAUUUAAGAAGAAAAUAGUUGUAGAUUCAGCCAAGAUGGUUGUGCAUUCUGCUGAUGCAUUUGCACCUGUGGCCUACCUUCAUUUUUUAAAAUUACACCUGGAGAAUAAGGGGGCAUCUUCAGGUACGUUUGUGGUCAGCGGCUGUUCUUGUGAGGUGAACUGCGAUGAUGGUGGUAUUUUCCCUUCAGCAGAAGAGGAUGAACCACAGGAAAACACUCCAGUCAUCUGGAAGUCUUUGAAACACAAUUCUCUGGAUUUCACUAAGAUGUUUGGAAGUUCAGGAAAAUCCCUGAGUGGUUACCAGUGGUUUUCAGGUAUCACUGCCUGCUUCUUGCCAUCAAAAGGCCAAAAUGCUCAAGAGGCAGCAAAAGAAGCAUUUUCUUCUCUCCGAGCUAAUAUGACUUCAGAGGGAUUGGAACUGAAGGAUAUUAUUUUAGUUCAUCUGUAUAUGAAGAGCAUGGAAGAUUUCAAUGUUAUAAAUUCAGUUUAUGUGACAGAGUUUGAUUUGUGUCCACCAGCAAGAGUGUGUGUGGAAGCCCUGUUACCCGAUGGAGUACUGUUUUGCAUUGACUGCCUUGCACAUAAGUAUGACAGUGCAAUGGAUGAUGUGUUACGUGAUGAAAAACUGGUCAUGCAUGUACAGAGCAUUUCCCACUGGGCACCUGCUAGCAUAGGACCUUACAGUCAGUCCAUCAAGAUUGGAGAUGUUCUCUACUGUGCUGGACAGAUUGCUCUAGUACCUUGUACGAUGCAGCUUGUUAGUGGUGGCAUAUGGACUGAGGCCAUAGUCUCCCUCCGUCAUGUUGAGCGAGUUCUUCAAGCUACGAGUCAGAAGGCUGCCCUCCACCACGUCAUCACAGCCAGCUGCUACGUAACUAACAGCAAGCACAUUCCUAUUGCUCGCUCUAUAUGGCAGAAGAAAUUAAGAGAACAUAAAAAGGCUGAAGAUUCAGAGGCGUAUCAUGAUUUCACUGCAGUGUGUGGGUUGCUUGCUGUGGUUGUAAUAUCUCACCUACCCAGAGAUGCUGCGAUUGAAUGGCAUGUUGUUGCAGCAGUUGAUGAUCCACUCCAAAGAAAACAUUUUGCAACCAAGAUGCUGUCAGAGGGCUUCCAAAUUGAGUGUGAAUCUGUGGAAUCUAGUUCUACAUCUUGUGCAUCAAUCUCUGUACGUCUGAGCUUGGUUUCACCAUGCGCUUCCCAGCUUGAUUUAGAUGGACCUCUUAAUGCCUUAGUUGCUGUGUUCAGACAAGCUGUUGAGAAACUUUCAGAAGACUGUAGUGCAAGUCCUUUGUCUUUUAGAGCUUUCUUCAAGGAGGAUGUCUUUGAUGCUGAAACACUACAAACAGAGUGCGUGAAUCCGAAUGUAGCAAGUCACAAGAGGAAACAGUACUGGCUUCCAAAAGAGCACUGGUUUGUCAGCUCUGAGCAUGGCCGAAACUUGUUCCUACCUGUCUCUGUAGAUUUGCCGUAAGAUAUUUUGAGUAUUUGGAUGUCUCUGUGGUGA